AAACAUCUGUAGGCCUUCAUUACUUGCCUUCCUUGCAUAUACUCCUGCUGCACCACAACGAAAUGACGGACAUCAAUGCCACAGUGAAGGAAUUGAAGGGCAUGCUGAAGCUGAAGACCCUAAGUCUGUACCAAAACCCUUUUUGCCAAUAUAAUCUGUAUCGCUUAUAUAUAAUCUACCACCUUCCGGGAGUGGAGCUGCUUGACCGAAAUAAAGUUACAGAAAAAGAAAGAAGAUCAAUGAUUACCAUCUUUAACCAUAAAAAGGCUCAUACCAUUCAAUCAAUAGCAUUUGGAGGAAAAGUAGAUGCCUCAUGGAACCCUAAGCUACCAAUAAAACAGAAACCUGUCCAGAGGCCACCUUCAGAUUUUGCACUUGCAGAUAAUGUAGACAAGUAA